UUGUAUAUCAUGACAGCGUACAGAAGAAAGUGUUUUUUAAAAGCAUUUUAGUAUGUAGACUACUUCAGUCAGCAGCGGCAAGGAACAUUGCAGAGACAUUUGUUAUCGAUUCUAGAACAAUGAAGGUGCUACUGGUAGCGUUCUUGUUCUUAUCAACGAGUUUCGAUGAGGCUUAUUGUGCGAACAUCUUGGCAGUCUUCUCAGUCCCAGCACCCAGUCACAUGGCCUUGAAGUCGGCUCUGUUGACAGAACUUGCGGCGAAGGGGCACCACGUCACAGUUAUCAGUUCGUUCCCAGAAAAAGUUUCAGUCCCAAACUACACUGAUAUCCCGGUAUUAUCACAGGAGUUCGUUAAGAUUGGAAUGAAUGACCGCAAAGUUUAUGAUUUCGUGCAUCAAAAUGCUCUUAUGAUGCAAAUUCGUUUCUGGCAGAUAGCCGGUGAUAUGUGCAGUGAAAUAUUGUCUGACAAACGUGUACAAGAGCUGAUUGACUCAACGGAUUUGCAUUUCGAUGUCAUAAUCCUUGAAGCCUUCUUCAGUGAUUGUUUCCUCCCGUUCGGAUAUAAAUUCAAAGCGCCGAUAAUUAAAUUCUGUACAUUCGGUGGAACUAACUGGAUGGGUUACUGGGUAGGAAACCCAAACCCGUAUUCUUACGUCCCUGACGGCCUUCUUGGCUUUAGCGACCGGAUGAAUUUAUGGGAGAGAAUAAUUAACUCUCUGUGUGGAGUUUUCUUCACGCUAGGACGACAGUUCUAUUUUUUACCAAGACAGGAUAAAAUAGUGAAGCCAUUCUUCAAAGAUGUCGAAGGUUUGCCGCAUCUGGCAGAACUAGAUGCCACUUCUACAGCCCUUCUUUUAGUCAACAGCCACUUCAGUAUCAGCUCUCCGAAGCCUCUGAUGCCUAACAUUGUUCAGGUUGGCGGUUUGCACAUAAAACCACCUAAACCACUGCCUGACGAUCUACAGGUAUUCUUGGACGAUGCUCCGCAUGGUGUUGUUUAUUUUAGCAUGGGUUCAAUUUGGAGAAGCUGUGAUCUGCCAGAUUCGACGAGGCAAACACUUCUCGUAGCUUUUUCCAAACUGAAGCAACGGGUGCUGUGGAAAUGGGAGACAGACUCGUUACCAGGACAACCAAGCAAUGUGAAACUGGGGAAGUGGAUGCCUCAGUCAGAUAUUCUGGCCCAUCCCAAUGUGAGACUGUUCGUCACACAUGGCGGCCUUCUGAGCUCUCAAGAGGCGAUAAACCGAGGAGUUCCUAUUGUUGGCAUUCCGAUAAUUAGCGAACAAAGACACAACGUCGUCAGAGCCGUAUUACUUGGAUUUGGAAUCAAGUUAGACUUCUUUAACAUCAGCGCCGAAUCAGUUUCAUGGGCACUGAGGGAAGGACUUGAGAAUCCAAGGUACCGCGAGAACGCCCAGCGUCUGUCCAGAAUCUACCGGGACCAGCCACUCACUCCACUGGAUCAGGCCGUGUUCUGGACGGAGUACGUGAUCAGGCACAAGGGAGCGCCUCACAUGCGUUCAGCUGCACUCGACCUCGCCUGGUACCAGUACUUCCUACUGGAUAUCAUCGUUGCGUUGACAUUAGCCCUUUCUUUAUUACUGAUCGUGGCAUUUUUUGCGUUCCGAGCAGUUGCCAGGAAUGUUUUUUGUAUUAAGUCAUCAACUGCGCAUGAAUCUAAAAACAAAUGACAGACUCAAACGUCAAGUCACACACACAAAUAAAUAUGUGUUUGUAAUCUCCACGGGAUUUUAUAAAUUUUCAUAUGUCAAAAAAUUUCAGAUACAAUGUGUCUGGUUGAUUACUUUCUAUUACUUGUAGAUAAUUUGCAAACUCUCAGGUUUAUUAAUUACACUCAAAUACUUGUCACAGAUGCAGCAGGAAAUGACGAUCCAGUUAUGAUAACCAAGACUGGCAGAUAAACAAGUUAGUCGCGAUUCCAGUAACAUCGCAGUCACAGAACGAUUCCAAUUAGCCUAUGUAGUUAGCAGGAUAAGACUCCGAUUACAGCCUAGGUUUUUGUUAGUGUUUUAUUAUUCAAAACAAAUAAAUAUGUAUCUCUGCAUUA